CUGGCUCUGAGACGAUACAGCUCAGCCGUCAGUGAAAUGGAGCAGACCAUUCUUCUGCCAAGCCUGCUGAGAGACAUGCCCUCAGACGAGGUGUGGGACUGUGAAGCUGCAGAAGAGACCUGCAAAGACCUGUUCAGCAACUACUUGAUGCUCAAAGCCAUACGGACCACAGUGGAGAGUGGCCUAAUUCGCCUGGACGAUCACAAGGCCAAAAACAACAUAGCACUAAACAAGACCCUGGAGCCUCUCUUGGACACAGAUCCUGAAGCCCUCUUCCACUUCCACGUGAGAGGACUGUUUUCUGUGAUGAGUGACCUCACCAAGAAGACGCAGACUCUCACUGAGAAAUACAUGGACAUUAUUGGGAUAGCAAAUUAGUCACAAAACCUAAGAUAUGUGGACAUCUGUUUUUAAGAGAGUCAUCUAAGACACCCAACCAUUGCAAAUGUCUGAAAUGUUUACAUUCAGUGACCCCAGACAAACCUAAUGAAUAAGGA